CACUUCUUGUCUCAGUCUGUGGCUUAGUUUUUCUCUCUCUCUCUCUCUCAUACUCCUUCGUAAUCUCGUAUCAUCGUAUCAUCUCCAAUGGCGGCGGCGGCUAGAGUUCUAACGACGGCGGCGGCAACGGGCAAUUCCGCUCUGUCCUCUUCCUUCCUCUUCAGAAGCCCAUUUCUGAGAUCUCACGGAGCAGCUAAUCUCAGCAUCAACAAUUCUAAAAAGAACAAGUACGAGGCUAGAAGAAAUCUGCUCACUUGCCGUGCCAUAUACAAUCCUGAGGUUCUUCAGAUCAAAGAAGACGGUCAACCCGAAACCCUUGAUUACCGAGUGUUCUUCCAAGACCAGUCUGGCAAAAAUAUAUCCCCUUGGCAUGAUAUACCAUUGCAUUUAGGCGAUGGUGUUUAUAACUUUAUAGUUGAGAUUCCAAAGGAGUCUAGUGCCAAGAUGGAAGUUGCUACAGAUGAGGUCUUCACUCCCAUUAAGCAGGAUACGAAGAAGGGGAAGCUUCGAUACUACCCAUAUAAUAUUAAUUGGAACUAUGGAUUGCUUCCACAAACAUGGGAAGACCCUUCUCUUGCAAACCAUGAAAUUGAAGGGGCAUUUGGCGAUAAUGAUCCAGGUUUUUCAAAUGAAGAAUGAAGAUCACCUUUUUCCUUAAAAAAAAGUAUUGUUAUUAUUAUGAUCAUUGAAAUUUUUACUUUGAUUCUUGAAGUUGAUGGUUGUUGCGAUUGGGGAUGGCGUGGAAAGAUUGGUCAGAUAAUGAAAGUGAAACCUUUAGCUGCUUUGGCCAUGAUUGAUGAAGGAGAACUCGAUUGGAAAAUUGUUGCUAUUUCUGUGGAUGCCCUCUGGGCUUCACUUGUUAAUGACAUUGAUGAUGUUGAGAACAUUCCCGGUAUGUUCUUAAAAGGGAUACAUUUUUCUUGUCUCAUUGUGUUUUUACUUUUUCUAAACAGGCUUAUGUUUGUUUUUUUUAACAUGAUAGGGCACUCUUACUGCAAUAAGGGAUUGGUUUAGAGACUACAAGAUCCCAGAUGGAAAGCCUGCUAACAGAUUUGGUCUUGACAACAGGCAAGCCAACAAGGCUUAUGCGCUCAAGGUUAUAGCCGAGACAAAUGAAUCAUGGGCUAAACUUGUCAAGAGAUCUAUUCCAGCUGGAGAGUUGUCGCUUGCAUAAAACGAUUUAUUGGUAUAGAAGUGGGGAAUUUCUGUACUAGUUGCUUUGUUACAUGUGAGUAUUCAUUUAGAACUGCUGUUAAACAGCAAGUUUUCUUUCCAACUAUUUGUCUAUUGGCUGCUGGAAUUCACUAUAAAAUUGCAUUGUUUAAAGUUUAAGUAAGUGAGAUUGACAAAGUGUUUAGCU